UGCUUUCCCUGUCAAAUGGUCAACUGGUUUUUACACUAGAACUCCGUUAAACCGUAAUUGCACGUUGAGCCGUUAGACCGUCACACUAGACUUCAGUUGGCAAAAUCGAAAUUGGCCGUCGCGAUUGCGGAGGACUCUGCGUUUCCAUUUUUCCUCUCUUCUUUUAACUUCUAUCGAUGCCAUCAUCGCUCGGCAGCAGUCCUACGGUGAUCAUCUCUAAAUCAACAUUUGAAAUCUGGCAAUUCUUUGUCGAAAUAUGAACAGGAGUUGAUGGCGAAUGUAUCGGCGAGGAAGAAGUCUAACAAGAGAUCGAAUUCGAAUUUGAAGCGCCAGCAGCAGUCGUCGGUGGCCUCUCCUUCCAUGUCUUUUCGUCUCAAACACAGGAGAAAGAUCAUUCUGUUGACUACAGUUGCUGUGGCUUGGGGCGUGUUACUAACGGUGAGCCGUACAUCGAUAUCUUCCACCGCCUUUCAAUCAAAACUUCAAUCCAGCCAUCUUCACACUGUCGAAGUGGUCAACGAAUUCCCUCAUGACCCCGGCGCCUUCACUCAGGGCCUUUUGUAUGCAGAAGAUGAUACGUUGUUUGAAUCAACUGGCCUUUACGGAAAUUCAUCUGUGCGGAAAGUGGCUCUUCGGAGUGGAAAGGUUCAAGCUAUUCAGAAAAUGAAGAGAAGUUAUUUUGGAGAAGGUUUGACUCUUCUUGGAGAAAGGUUGCUUCAAGUUACUUGGUUGCGGAAUAUUGGUUUCAUUUAUGACCGGAAUGAUUUAAGCAAAUUUGAGGAGUUUACCCAUCAAAUGCAAGAUGGUUGGGGAUUGGCUACUGAUGGAAAAAUUUUGUUUGGGAGCGAUGGAUCAUCAACCUUGUAUCAGAUGGAUCCUCAAACCAUGAAAGUUAUUAGUAAACACAUUGUGAAGUAUCAAGGACAUGAAGUACGCUAUCUCAAUGAAUUAGAGUACGUAAACGGUGAAGUUUGGGCAAAUGUUUGGCAGACUGACUGUAUUGCUAGAAUCUCGCAUGAUGAUGGUACUAUGCUAGGAUGGGUCCUCCUCCAUAAUUUGAGGGAAGGGUUAAUAGCUGCUGGGUUCACGGGAAUUGAUGUUUUAAAUGGCAUAGCUUGGGAUAAAGACAAAAACCGUCUUUUUGAGUUGCACUCUUUGCUGUCUUGAAUCGUUGUGCUUCGCCUAAGGCUGUCAUUGAGCAGUGCAAGGACUUCCAAAAGAAUCUGAAUGUGUUAUUUGCAGUGACUGGAAAGCUGUGGCCAAAGCUGUAUGAGAUCAAGCUGCACCCCAUUCAAACGCCCUUUAAUGGAGACGUUGAGAAGAUCUGCAUACCAAGGGCAAUCCAUUUUUGACCGAGCAUUGGGAACUUAUAUGCCUCUUUGAAGGUAGGCAUCUCUGUGGCGGCUCAACAAAAAAAUUGGCCCUGAUGGGCGUAUUAAAGAAUAUGGGAGGAGUUACAGAUGGGCGUAUUUUGUAGGUGAUACUGCUGUACCAUACUUGGCAGUAAUUUAUUUAUCCAAUUAUUCAGCAAAAGCAUAGAGAAGCGACUAA